UCUUCACAGGUAUUUUGUCAGGAGAGGGAUGGAGUUGGAAGGUAUAAGAAUAUUCCUCCAGGAACUACAGUCGAUAAAAGUAUUACACAUCCUACAGAAAGAGACUUCUACUUAUGUUCACAUCAGGGUAUUCAGGGUACAAGCAAACCCACACACUACCAUUGUUUGUGGAUGAUAGUGAUUUAAAUAUGGAUCAGCUGGAGGAGUUGACGUACGCUAUGUGUCACCUGUAUUCUAGAUGCACCAGAUCAGUGUCAAUUCCUGCACCGGCCUAUUAUGCCCACUUGGCUGCCUUCAGGGCCAAGGUUCAUAUCCAAGAUCUAUGUCAGAGUGAUACUGUUUCUCUAACAUCAUCUUCAUCAGGAGCAGAUGCACCUUCAGAUGCUGUUUUGGCCAGGGCAUGUCAAGUUGAAUUUGGAAACGAAAUUUUCUCCAAAUUGUACUACGUAUAAUUCAAGGUACAGUAUUAAUAUUGUAACUAAUUGGAAAGAGUGCCCUCAGAAGAGAAAUUGUGAUACUUGAGGAUAACUGUAUGGGGAAGUUUUAUAGGUUUUCAUCUAGAUAAGAUAUCUUUAUACAGUGAUUACUAUGUGAUUGUAGGUUUAAAGGCUUGGGGUUAUUGUACUACUGUGAUGUGCUUUUUGUUAAGUGAACUAUAUACGUAUCCAUUAUAAUCAAAGUUAUGUUACUUUGCUAAGUAAUAUAAAAUACCAUUGGCUUUCUUGUUAUUGUACCGAUGUACAGGACAUAGGAGGACUGUUUGAUAGAUUUUCAAGUGCCCAGAUGUACAGGUUUUCAAGUGCCCAGAUAUGCAGUAUUAGGACAUGUGUUUAUUAUUUCCCAAAGCUAAACUUUUGUUGUAUGAUAAGAGCUGCUAGUUUAUAUUGUAAUAGGAACUGUGUACAUAUGUUUAUCUUUAAAUUUGUUCAUUAUUUAUAUUUUUUAUAUAUAUAUAUAUGUUGCACAGUACUUCAUCUUCUUCUAGUCAAAUAAGUCUUUGUUUCCCUACCUUUCUUUACUAACUUCAUAUAAAACUCUAUUUAUGUAAAGGAGUAAUGUAAUUAAUUUUCUUUUGUGAGAGACCAAUAAACUAAAUAAGAGCUUUUAUUUAUAUCUAGCACAAAACUUUGCCUUUUAGUUGUCAGAAGUAGUUUGUUAAUUAUCAUUCUCAUUGCUUAGUAACAUUUUAAGUGUUGGGGUACUAAUUAAUGUUCUUUUUCUUGUGAGUUAGCCAAUAAAAGUUUUAUACAGCAAGUUUUAUCUUUGAAAGUUUUGUUUCUGUGCAUUACUCAAAUGUUGGUGAGUGUCUUUACUGUGUUGAAGUUUGCUUAUUUUGGUAGUUAAACUGGUUGAUCUACAGUGCUUACUUGCUUGAGGAACAGUAAGCUAAGGAUGUUCUUAUUGAAAUGAGCCCAUUGUAUUGUCUUCCAUGAAAAAGUUUUAUUUCACUGAUAGAGAAGCCCUCAGUCAUCACUGUCACUCCAAAGUUUAGCUGAUGACAUGCAACAUUGGGCUGUGUUUGUGCCUGUACACCAUAGUACUCCCCUUUUCACCGUGCCUCUUGUAAAAAGCCAAGUGGUAGAAUAUUUCUCAUUGUAUGUACGUUGUGUAGGAAAAGGAAUUGACACUAGAUAGUGUUUCUUGUUAAGAGUGCUAAUCGUUACCCUUUGUGCAAUAAUCCUCCUGUAAUGGCCUUUUGGGAUUAAGCAUUUUGGUAUACAGUAGUGAGCAGACUUAGUGUUUGAAGUUGAAUAUAAAUAUAUUGUAAUUAUAACAUAAAGUGUAUUUUUCAUGGGCUUGAAGGGCAGCUAUGAGGCAAUGUCCCAGUCCUUUAAUAACAGUCAUCAAAGCCCCAGAAACUUUAGUGGGGCCUUUCUUCUCUGUUUAGCAACUGGCAAUUUUCUUCCCUUCUGUCAGAACAAGACCUUACAAUGAAGAUUACAUCAAAGCCCCAGAAAUCUUGGACCUCUGCUAUUGACCUAGCAAAUUUUAGUGGCACCUUUCUUCUCUGUUAAGUAACUCUGGCAUUUUUCUUUCCUUCUGUCAGAACAAGACCUUACAAUGAAGAUUAGAAUGGUUUGGAUUAUGGAAACUUCUGCUCCUGAGAAACUGGUGGAUGGUGGAUUGAGAUUGCAAGCCUCUCAACCUGGAGUACGUGACAUUGACAAAAGAGGCUGAAACAUUUGCAAUUCCUGCCCUGUGUUGGGUCCCGAUCUCAUUAGUCUGAUGACCUUUUGGCACCUUAAAAAAAUUACUUUGUAAGCACAAAAUUACUGUAGAGCAAGUGCAUUACAUUAUGUAACUAUUGUACACUGAUAAAACUUUUAAUCCACAAGAAAAAAUUACUUGCAAAAGCAAAAACAUGAAAGUAUAAAGUAUAGUGGUUUUAUUGUGGUCGGCUCAGAAUAGGCUUGAGAAUUCUGAAAUGCUUGUUAAGAUAUGAACUAUCUUAAUAAUAUAAGAUUUGUAAAAAGGUCAGGCAAAUUGAAGCUGUUUUAGCAAAAUGUAUUGGUCAUUUAUUGAGUCUUGAGUAAAAAUGCUAUUUUAAAGUAAGUUUUGAUUAAAAAUUUUUGUAAUCUAU